GGCGCUCCGGCAGCUUGUGGGCCAGAUCCAGGAGCUCUGGGACCUCUAUGGCUCCUCAACCGCGCUCCGUCAGAGAUGGUGUUUACUUGAUCUUGGUCAUAGCUCUAUGGAAGACAACUAUUAUGGUCUCAUAAUGAAAGGAAAAUCUGAGAUCUUAACUACAAUUGAACCUAACAAGCCUCCUCCAACCAAAAAACCUCGGAGAGACAAGAAUCGUAGGAAAUUGCUUACUUCUCUGAGUUCAACUGAGAAAAUGGACCAACUGACUUGGAAGGAGUUACCGGAAGAUCUUCUUGAAGCUGUAAUUGCGAGACUUCCUGUAGCAGCGUUUUUCCGCUUCCGUUCAGUGUGCAAAAAGUGGAACUCUCUGCUCACUUCCAACAGUUUCUCCGAGCAUUAUUCAGAGAUUCAACCAUCAUGUCCUUGGUUCUACACAAUUACUCAUGAAAAUAUUAACAGCGGGGCGAUGUAUGAUCCUUCUUCCCGAAAAUGGCAUCAUCCAUCCAUUCCUUUCUUUCCUUCAAAGAUGAUUGUUCUUCCAGUGGCUUCAGCUGGUGGUCUUGUUUGUUUCUUGGACAUUGGCAACAGGAACUUCUACGCCUGCAACCCCCUUACCAACUCAUUCAAAGAACUCCCCCCAAGGUCUGAGCGGGUUUGGUCACGCAUAGCAGUAGGAAUGGUCCUCAAUGGAAAUGCUAUUGGUGAUGGUUAUAAGAUAGUAUGGUUAGGAUGCAAUGGGGUCUACGAUGUCUAUGAUUCAAUACAGAAUAGUUGGUCUCAUCCUGGAAGUUUACCACCUAAUAUCAAGCUUCCUCUAUACUUAAAUUUCAGGUCUCAAGUUGUAGCUAUUGGUACUGUACUCUUCUUCAUGAGAGGCAACCCGGAUGGAAUCUUGUCCUAUGAUGUAGCCUCUGGUGUCUGGAAGCAGUUCCUUAUACCAUCACCAAUGCAUUUGACUGAUCUCACACUUGCUCAGUGCGCAGGUAAGGUCAUGCUGGUGGGGCUGCUGUCCAAAAAUGCUGCAGCAUGCGUAUGUGUGUGGGAGUUGCAGAGAAUGACUCUUUUGUGGAAGGAGGUCGACAGAAUGCCAAAUGUGUGGUGCUUGGAGUUUUAUGGGAAGCACGUAAGAAUGACUUGCUUGGGCAACCAAGGGUUGCUCAUGCUGUCAUUGAGGUCAAGAAGGAUGAAUCGAUUGAUUACUUAUGAUGUGAUGAGAAGGGAGUGGCAGAAGGUGCCAGACUGCACUCUACCUCAUGGUCGGAGAAGACAGCGAAUUGCAUGUGGUACGGCAUUCCAUCCGUGUGCCACUGCUUUCGCCUGAAAGAUCAAACUUACCUACGGGAAAGAUGCAGGUAAAUGUUGGCUGAUGGUUCAGAAGGAAAUAGAGAGGUGUGUUGGUGUCCGAUUGGAAUUAAAUACUAAUUACGUUGGAAUAUAAUCUUAUGGAGUUUGAGAAUAUAUUAUAAUUGAAGACAGUGGAGUCCUGUGACAUAUUUCUCCAACUUCCUUGAGUCUGUGAUGCUAAUAUUUGAAUCAUUGAUGAUGAUGUCAGGACUUGUGAGUGGCUGUGAACAUGAUGGUUUGUUUAACUAUAACAACACCUUACGGUCUGAUUUCCUUGCUAAUUGAAACCAUGGACUCGAUAAUGCUUCGUUGACGAAAUAGAGCUUCAACUGAAGAAAUGCAUGAACAUAUGAUGAACGUAAUGUGUUUGUGUGUGCGUGAUAUAAGAAUAUUAGAGAAAUAUUUGUGAGAAAGAUUGAGCAAUUCAAGUUUAACUACUGGAUGUCUUAUAAGCCAGCAUAAUCCCUGCUUGAAUGUUUCAAACUUUCAAUACUAUUUUGAAGACACCGUGAAAUCAAGAUUUGAAGUAUGUUUCCUUUUUCUUGGAUUAAUAUUUCUUGGAUGCAUCAUAAAUGACAAAUCACCUGUUAUUUUUAUUUUUCUGGAUUAUGAAUCCAUUUUUGAUUUCUGUCUGC